UUAUCUUCUAUAAAUCCAACUAACCUAAAAUUCUCUCUUCUCUUAACUUUCUAUUUUUUUUCUUUCUUGUCGGUGAAUUUGGAUUGUUCUCUUCCUCCAUCAUCAUAAUACCACCUGCUGCUACCUCCCUCCUCCUCUAUCUCCUGCUCCGACAAAUUUAUUCUCUGUCUCUGUCUCUCUCUCUCUCUAAAACCCAUCUCGAAAGUGUUUCUCUUUGGAGGGUUUAAUCAUACUUCCUCCUCCAUGGACGGCGACGCAGUAACUGACGUGGCAGUGGGCGGUACGAGGAAGAGAGAGAGACCAUACAAAGGAAUAAGGAUGAGGAAGUGGGGAAAGUGGGUAGCGGAGAUUCGAGAGCCAAACAAGCGCUCUAGGUUAUGGCUCGGCUCUUACUCCACCCCCGAGGCCGCCGCUCGUGCUUACGACACCGCCGUUUUCUAUCUCAGAGGUCCUACGGCCAGGCUUAACUUCCCUGAGCUUCUUCCUCUUGACAAAUUCUCCGACGAGGAUAUGUCGGCUGCCACCAUCAGGAAAAAAGCUACCGAGGUCGGUGCUCAGGUUGAUGCUUUAGGCACCGCGGUUCAGAAUAACCGCCACCGUGUCUUUGGUCAGAGUAUAGAUAGCGACGAUGAUAAGAAGAACUUUCAUCGGGAUUAUCAUAACGGUGACCAAGAAGAUGAUGAGGAAGAGGACGACGACAAGAGGUUCAAAACUGCCGGCCGGUUCUUGGAUCGGGUUGACUUGAAUAAGUUACCCGACCCGGAAAGCUCCGAUGAAGAAUGGAAAAGCAAAUAUUAAUAAAAAUAUAUUAUAUUUUGGGAGCGGUGGCUGCUGCUAACGUACGCCGCGGCUUUGCUUCUACGAAUCAUUAGCGCCGUUUAUGAUUUUUUUUUUUUUAGUUAUUAAUUUUGUUUUGGUUUUGUUUUUUUUUUUUUUUCCUUUAUUGCGGAUUUUGCGGUUUAUGGAAAUUUUAGGCUAUUGCUUAAAGAAUGCAAAAAAAAAUGUAUAUUACUCUCUACUCAUUAAUUACUCAUUAA